AUGGCUGAGCUGCAGGACUUUAUGCUGGUGGCUGAAAAGGACCGGGAUGAGGCAAUGCGAAUUGCUGGCGUUGUUGCGUCAAAGCUUGAGAGCAAACAGACUACACUGAUAGACAUUGUGAAGUCGUUGGGGGAAUAUAUCAAUGAUGAAGACGCCAGUAUACGUGGAAAAGCAGUGUCCUACCUGACGGCGGUGAUAAUAGCUCUCCCAGAUAAAUUCCUGAGCCGACAGCAAAUCCAAGUUUUAACGACCUUCUUUUGUGCCCGGAUUGAAGAUGGCGGUUCUAUCACUGGCUUGCGCACUCUUCACGGGAUGGAGCGGUUUGAUAAGUCCAUGGCUCAAGACACAUUUCGGGCGUAA